UAUCACGAUGCACAUCCACCAAAUCCAGCCAAAGCUCCCCCACAUUACCGGACAAGCUUGUUGGAUGCAGGAGAUCGUUCACGAUGGUCUUUCCCGAACAGGACGCUCCCGUUCGAGGUCAGGUGUGUGGUCAAAGCCUUGGCUAACCCUUGCCCUACCUAACUUUCGCCUCCUUCUCUCAUCAGUCACGUACAACACUUGCGACAACCACUUGCGACAACCACUUUCGACAACGUCCACGACAACCUAUGCAGCUGCCCAAGUGCAGUCAUGCCCUCUGCAAAGGGUAGCAAGCGUCCCCUAGAGUUCAUCCGCUCACGUUUCCGUCGCACGCCUCCUGCUCUCAAGACCUUGUUCGGUUGGUCUGUACUGGCUUUCGUGCCCGGCGUCGACGAAGAGAAAAUCGGAAACUACAUUGGGAAGCAAUUCCCUUAUACCACCGACGUACCCAAUGUUGCUCCCAUGAAUUCGGCACAGUCGGCACCUUCACAAUCAUCUCAACCAAUCGAGGGCACGACAUCUGAGUCAAUGUCUGCUGAGAGGCCAAGCGAAACGUCGACUUCCAGCUGCCAGGAUUCCUCACAAAUGAUAUCGCGUUCGUCGAGUAGAAGCUCGAUAUCCAUAUACAUCCCGCGGGCCUCUGCUUGCUAGAACCCUUCGAAUCCUGGCGUUAAUGUGUAUAUGCGUCUGAGUGUAUAUUUUUGGGGCGGAUUAGCAGCGGAUUAGCAGCGGAUCUAUAUUUACAUAUACCCAGGCGGCGUCAAAGGGUUCAGAUUGGGUUUAGGAAAGGUGGCCAAUGGCCACCCGGAUGGUGGAAACAGUUCCUCUUGGUUUAAAGACCCAUCGCUGAAUGAUUGGGCAUUGAGAGACAUGGCUACUAGUUCAGAAUAGCUAUAUCCGAUUGGAUUAAUUCUAUGCUCGGCAUCCUAGUACUCUGGCAUCCUAAAAGUACCUAGGCAAGACACAUUUUAC